AUGAAUCACCCUAAGACUUUGAAGAACUCCAACUACCGCGAUACUAUACUCCCUCAUACCUUGCAGGGUCAAGAGACUCAAUCUGAAGACGGAGAAGCGCUGGAGAAAUCACAGGCGCAGCAAAUUAAUCAUGUGCCACUGGCAAGACCGAAUACCCUACAAAAAACAAAGCACCAUUUCGAGGCAGGGCAGGGAAGAGUUGGUGACUCUAAGCUUAGAAACCUUCGAUUCCCUGUCAUCCCAAGUCCCAGUGAAACCGGUUCUCCAGUGGAAAUUUUAUGGCAAAAGUAUCAUCUGAUUUUCUCAUCAGAUCAAGCUGGUACUGGCAUAAUCGCACACGACAACACGAUCGAUCACAACAUCGUCGUGGUAAAAAAGCUUAAGGUUCAGGUCAGUUCAGUCCAGCGCCGUCAGCUCUCACAGAUACUCCAAGACAACCCGACCAAUGUUGUUCGUCUGCUGGACAUAUUCACUGGAACUUUUUCCACGCGUCCGGUCUAUGAAUAUCUAGAAACUUCCCUGUACCAUGUAAAGGCGGCUAGUCGAGAAGAAAUCACCGAGAUAGAGCUUGCAAUUAUAAGCAAAGAGGUUUUGCAGGGACUCCAGUACAUCCACAAUCAGCUUGGGAUAGUCUAUGGGCAACUGAAUGCUAGGAAUCUGCUUCUCUCAUUCUAUACAGGUGACUUGAAAUUAGCCAAUAUUGCGGACUCUGUGCUUCAACCCACGUCAAUGAGUUUUGAUGAUGAUAUCCGCGCUAGCCUCCAACUUACUCGUGAAGAGGAUGUUAGCGAACUCUGCAGAGACUUUAUCAAAAUGACAGGAAAAUCCUCAGUUGCUGAGUUGCUUGAAAAUGACUUCCUCCUGAAGUCUCCAGGCGUUGGUCGUCUACGCGUUUUUGUAUGCCGGGCAAUGGAAUAUGCUGCAAAAUUUAAAGGAUAG